AUGGGCCCCUGCCCCACAGCUGGAGCCCCAAGCCGAGAGGCACCCCCAGGCCAAAAAGGACCCCCAGGACAGAUGGGACCACCAGGACAGAUGGGACCCGCAGGGCAGACAGGACCCCUGGGUGCAGUGGGAGCAUCGUGCCGAGUGGGACCCCCAGAGCAGAUGGGAGCCCUGGGUGAAGUGGGGCCCCGGGAUGAAGGGGACCCUCAGGCCGGGAAGGACUUUGGGACAAAUGGCACCCCCGGGCAGGGCAGGACUCCGGGGCCAAGUGGGACCCGCAGACCAAGCGGGGACCCCCACUCUGAGAUCAGCCCAGGGCUGGCACGAGCCCCGGUUGCCAUGGGCUCCAGACUGAGCAGGACCCCCAGGCCAGGAGGGACCCCCAACCUGCGCUGGCUGUGCGUGGGGUUGUGCUCGGCCGGGCACCCGCCCUCCGCACCCACCGCAGCCUCGGGCGCCAGCUCCCCCGCUGUCCUGGGGAACCACCCCCCGUGUCCACCCCGCGCGUGUUGCUGA